CGCGGGCCGUCCGGCGAGUCACGUGACGGAUCGGCGGCGCUGGCGGUUGCUGUCAGCUGAUUCCUGGGGUUGGUGGUAGUGGCAGCAGCGACGAUGGACUUUCUCCUGGGGAACCCAUUCAGCUCUCCAGUGGGACAACGCAUCGAGAAAGCUACAGAUGGCUCCCUUCAGAGCGAAGACUGGGCCCUCAACAUGGAGAUCUGCGACAUUAUCAACGAAACCGAGGAAGGCCCCAAAGAUGCCUUCCGAGCAGUGAAGAAGAGAAUCGUGGGCAAUAAGAACUUCCACGAGGUGAUGCUGGCCCUCACAGUUUUGGAAACGUGUGUGAAGAACUGCGGGCACCGCUUCCACGUGCUGGUGGCCAGCCAGGACUUCGUGGAGGGCGUGCUCGUGAGGACCAUCCUGCCCAAGAACAACCCCCCCACCAUCGUGCACGACAAGGUGCUGAAUCUCAUCCAGUCCUGGGCUGACGCGUUCCGCAGCUCGCCCGAUUUGACAGGUGUCGUUGCCGUCUACGAGGACCUGCGGAGGAAGGGCCUGGAGUUCCCCAUGACUGACCUGGACAUGCUGUCGCCCAUCCACACCCCUCAAAGGACCGUGUUCACAUCAGAGACACCAUCAGGACAGAACUCCGUGGGAUCUGACACCAGCCAGCGAGGAGACUUGAACCAGCAUACUGCCCCUCCGCCUGCCCCGGCCAUACUUCCUAACGAUACACCCAUCACACCAACCCCCGAGCAGAUCGGGAAGCUGCGCAGUGAGCUGGAGAUGGUGAACGGGAAUGUGAGGGUGAUGUCGGAGAUGCUGACGGAGCUGGUGCCCACCCAGGCCGAGCCCUCAGACCUGGAGCUGCUACAGGAGCUGAACCGCACAUGCCGAGCCAUGCAGCAGCGGGUCCUGGAGCUCAUCCCACGCAUCUCCAACGAACAGCUGACAGAGGAGCUGCUCAUGGUUAACGACAACCUCAACAACGUGUUUCUGCGCCACGAACGGUUUGAACGGUUCCGAACAGGCCAGACUGCCAAGGCUGCACGUGAGACCGAGCCAGCAGCCGACCUCAUCGACAUGGGCCCUGACUCUGCAACCGCAGGCAGCCUCUCAUCCCAGCUGGCAGGAAUGAACCUGGGCUCCAGCAGUGUAAGGGCUGGUCUGCAGUCUCUAGAAGCUUCCGGCCGCCUGGAAGAUGAGUUUGACAUGUUUGCACUGACCCGGGGCAGCUCUCUGGCUGACCAACGGAAAGGGGUGAAAUAUGAAGCCCCCCAAGCCACAGAUGGCCUGGCUGGAGCCCUGGAUGCCCGGCAACAGAGCACCAGUGCGACCCCUGCCACCCAGGCUCGAAUCAUGGAGGACAUUGAGCAGUGGCUGUCCACGGAUGUGGGGAACGAUGCAGAAGAGCCCACAGGCGUCACCAGUGAAGAAUUUGACAAGUUCCUGGAAGAACGCGCCAAAGCCGCUGACCGGCUGCCCAACCUGGCCAGUCCCUCAACUGAGAGGCCCCCGUGCCCCCGUCCUGGUGCAGCCCCUCGGAGGAAGACCCAGGAGAAGGACGACGACAUGCUGUUUGCCUUAUGAGCGAGGGCCUGGCACCCGCAGCCCAAGCCCCCCCCCCCUGCUCCCACACCCCAGCUGGGGCCUCUUCCCCUCUCUUGGUAUUAAGGCUGCUUUGGGGGUGUU